UUGCUUUGUAUGAUUAUGUCAAGUGGACGCAGUGCUCGUCUACCACCCACUCCUAAUGCUCCCAACAACAAACAAUGGGUCCCGAAUUCUUCAUCCUCAGCUGCAGCGGGCUCGUCCAUGCAUGAAACCAAUAGCAACAACGUAAACAUGUAUCAUCAUACCCAUCAUCAGUAUGGCAAUGCCGGCGGUGUACCCGGCAUGACACAUAUGAGUGGCGGCGGCAGUGGUGUCGUUGUCAGCGGUGGCAUGGGUGACAGUGGCAUUGGUGAUGUUAUAACCACAGCCGAUGCAGCCACUGAGGGUAUACCGGGUGAAACGAUUGAGGCCUUGGGUCCCGAAUUGGCAGUGGCUACCUCCAAGGUGCUGGAAAGUUUGUCCGAGAACGAGCGCAAGAUGAUAAUUGAGGUAUUAAAUCGUGAUGAGAACGUGCGACAAAGGGAUGCCACCAGAAUAAUGUUCCUGCGUGCCGAAUUGCUAUCGUUGAGGCGUAAGGGAGCCCUAAAAAUCGGCGGUGUUAUAGGCAAUGGUAGUAGCAACGGUGGUGGCGUGGGUCCAACAACCACAUCCAGUGAGCUAACAUCAGCGCCUGCUACUACGGCCUCCCAACUGGAGCAGCAACAACAACAACGCCAGUAUCAACAACAACAGCAAUAUCAACUAGAGCAAAAUAAUCACAACCUGCCCACCCCGCCUUUACUCCACGAAUCGAAUCGCCAUUGUGCCCGCUGCAGCACCGAAUUGGGCCGUAUCACAAAUCGCGGUGCACCUUGUCGCGUCUGCAAGCUGAGAGUUUGCAAGGCCUGUCGUGAGUUCACCACCCGCACUACCGAUUGGGUUUGUGUCGUCUGCCACAAGCAAAUGGAAAUUCAAGCCACAGGCAGCGAUUGGCUAAAGGGCUCUUGCGGUGCUGUUGAUCAUCUGCCCACCAGUGACGUUUUGCGCAAAAGUAUACGACGUUCUUGGACCAUCUCCAAUCCCGAGGACGAUCCCAACAAUCCCAAUGCUCAAAAUCCUGUAGCCGACAAUCUUUAUCCCCAGCAACAGAAUCUCAUAGAAGCUCAAUCGGCGGGCAGUUAUCCCACCUUGGAUGUACGUCAUCAUCAGCACCAUCAUCCCAUCUCGCAAUCGGUGAGAAGCCAUCACAUAGUCAACUAUAACACUGGCAGUGCCAUAACCAUAGCAGGAGUGGGCAUAACUCAUCCUACCCCAGCUCCCGGAUAUCACGUCAAUCCCCAGCGUCGCGUCUUGCGUCAAUCCACUUUGCCCACCACUUUGCCCAAUAACGAGCAGAAUUUGUCGGGCAGUGGCAGUAAUUUGGAGAAUUACAAUAGUGUCAAUCUCACCGCCCCCACCUCACCGCAUCAGAUGCAAAAGGGCCCCCUGUACCCCACAGCCUAUAAUAGUGACGACAUUAUAAACAUAGAGACCAGCGAUUGUGAUAAUUACGCACAACAAUUACAGCAGCAGCAACAAGCGCCGCCGCAGCACACCUCGGGCCAAGUAACCCCCACGCAUCAUCGUUUACAGGUGCGCCGACAAUCAACUUUACCCGCUAAUCCAUGCCAAGCUCCCAUGUACAUGUCCACCUCCCCAAAUCGCGGCUUCAGCCGCUCUCCGGAACGUUCGCCCGGUGAGCAACGCUAUCCGCCCUUCAUAAGGCAGACCUCAUUUCCCUGCAACAUCAUGGAGCCGCCACCGGGACCAGGUUCAGUGACCACCGGCAAUGCAGCCACUGCCCCCUCCUAUCCCUCACCCUCUAUGCAUCGUGGCAGUGGUAAGAUAUUACCCAGCACUGGCAAUUAUCCACCUCCCUCGCAAUACGAUCAAACGCAGACCUCCCAACCCGGGGGACUGAAUGAAGACCAUCAUGAUUACCCCAAUCCGGCGGCCAAUAUACCCAAGUCACGUAUGAUGCGUCAAGCCACUCUGCCCAAUCCCGAUCAACAUGUCAAAUUGUUGCCCACCUCACCGCCCAAGCGUCAGACUUCGCCGCAAUAUCGACGCUCUCCGGAAUUUAUGCGCCAACAAACUCUGCCCAAUCCCGAAUCAUUUACCAGCAAUUCGUUGACGGUUCAGUCCGCCAACUCUGGUUCGCAAAAUAAAUUUCUACCCAUUUCGCCUAGGCAGAAGCAGAAUUUCCUGUUUCCCAAUGUGCAAAAUCCCCGUCCCUUCUUGUCGCAACAAAAUGUGCCCGCCGUGGGAGUGGCCGAAAUUCCCACCAGCACCGCAGGCGGGGAACAGUAUUCCAGCAGUCAGAGUGUCAAUAUUCACCAUACGCGUGAUCAUUCGAAAAUGAUCAAGGUACGCAGUCACAGCAAUGAGGAGUACUCCAUUUCCAAGUCGCAUCAUCCAGAAUCAAGGCGUCUUUUGCCAGAAAUACCCACUUCCAGUUCGCGUUCCAUGUCGCGUUCGCCCAGCCGUUUGGUGCGGCAAGAUUGUGUCAAAGAUCCAUCUUCGGGCAUGAAUAUGGCCAUGGGCCCAGAGGCAGGUUCGGGUCAUUUACGCACUUUCGGUGAGGCCAAGCAGCAGUUCCAUCAGUUCCAAAAUGUCACCGAAGAAGAUGACAAUCGUCCCGAAUAUGUGGACUAUUUUGGUGAUAGCACCAGCAGCUUCCUGGAGGCAGAUGAGGUUCAAUAUGAGAAGAACUACAACAGCGGUUUUAGCAGUGAGCCUCGCAUCAUUUACAAUGAUGGCUCGGAUGAUGGCAGUUAUCAGGGCUAUCCCCAGAGACCCAUCGUGCAUAGCGCUGAAAAUGUGCUAGUGCCCGAUCAGGGCUAUGGUGUCUAUUACAAAACCGAUGCCAAUAUGCCGAUGGGCCCUCAUUCUUUGGGGCCUCAACUGGGGGGCAAUGGCAGUGGCAUGGGUGGAGCUUUGCCUCGCACUCCUCUGAUGCACAAUCGUCUGAGGCGUCGCCAAUCUCGUGAUCUUCAAACACAAAGUGAAGAAUUUGCCCAGGUGGCCUCGUUAAAUGUUCAACAAACGCAUAGCCCAUCUAUGUCACCACCGAACGAAGGUGCUGCUGCUGCCGCAGCAGGUGGUGAAGACAAACCCAAUGAACGACCCAAACCAGAGCAGAUGCGUUCAAUAUCUGAGGAUUCGGGAGCGAAUAAAUCUAAUGUGCCCAAGCCAGUAACGCGACGUUCCCUAUCACAUCCAGAAAAUGAGACACAGGCUCCCAAAAAGGUGGAACCUACCAAAAUACCGAGUCCCAAACCAUUGGCCGAUAUACUCGAUAAAUCACGACCCAUUACAAAAAUACCUACACCACGAAGACGCAACAGCAAAGGAGUCGAUAUCGAUGAAAGUGCCAAUUCAAAAUCCCAUACAAACGAAAGAAAAUAUUCCGAAUUAACUACGAAAUCGAAUAGAAACCAAAACGAUGAAAAGCAAAAACAACAAACGGAGGAUAAAGACAAUGCAUCACAGCGAAGUAAAUCACCCCGAGGAGGUGAAGGAGAAGGAGAAACACAGAAUGCAGACAAUAGCACAAAGGACCAAAACACAAAUAACAGGACAGAGAGCGGCUCUUCUGCUCAACUCACAAAGACACACACUACGACAUUGGGUGAACAGGAAAUACAGAAUGCUGUAGAAGCUGCAGCAGUCGUCUUCAAAAAAGUUGUCCUACAAAGGCGUCAAGAGAAAAAGGCAGCCGAAGAAGAUGCCUACGAUACCAUGGAAACCUCUUCGGAAUUGGAAUUCAAAUCGAUAACCAUCAAUCAUGGCCAAUAUAAUAUGGAGGCUGAUGAAUUCAAAUUGGUCUUCAUUAAUUCCGCGGAUUCGGCCUCUUCCUGUCGUGAUGAGGAGGAGUUUGAGGAUUCGAGCAGCUCUACCAGCUCCUCGUCCACUCACAACUGCAGCAGCAUAGCCUUAGACGAUUGUGAUUGGGACUAUUUUGAGCCCUCUAUGAUUAGCACCAGCAUUACCAAGCAUGUGCUCUACUCACCGUGUGGCUCGCCUUUGGUGACUAGAAGAAGAUUGUCACGCGAUCAUGUCAAGUCUAGCGACAGCACCGGCUCACCCAUGGAAUCGCCUUUAAUGUAUCGCAAGCAAUUGCUAUUCGGCCCUAGGGUAAGGGAAAGUGAUACGGGCACCGAUGAGGAGUUUCUAAUGCAGGGAGAGAGUUCCAGUUCGGAUGGCUAUUUGACCAGAUCAUCGGUUGGUAGCCGGCCUCAGCAUCAGAUGAGCAUGAAGGCCAGAAUUAAGACCAGAUUCUUGAACAAGGAUCAUUCACAGCAUCACCAUCAUCAGAAACAUCAUCGCUUGAGCUCUCCUAGGAAUCAUAAUCAGACCACGGACAGCUGCAGCUGCGGUGCAGCGGCUGCCAAAAACAAUCAGCCACGUUUCGACAGCACCCAACCCCAAUAUGUACCCAUACCAGUGCCGGUGCCCAUACCUGUGCCCAUGUCUGCCUAUCCCUACUGGCAGGCCAAUGAGUUGCCAGCCCCCUUGGGCUUGGGUGAGGAUAGUGAUCAAACUAAUUUGUGUGCCUCUUUGCAAAAGCUUUGGUGCACAGCCCAGAGUAAUCUACCCAAUCCUGCUGCCGCUGUGGUAAGGUCCAACAAUUUGCAAGCUGCUGCAGCAGCAGCUGUGGCAGCCACUUACCAGAAGUUGGCGGCUCAUGGUAACGCUGGCACUGGUGUCAUUAGUGGUGGUGGUGGUGGCUUUAAGUCAUCGGCACCCGAUCUAAGUUCAUCCACCUACUCUUUGGUGGGUAUGACACAAUCGCACUGUUCCACCUCUUCCGGUUAUGGCACCACUGGAGGCAGCCUGGAAACCUUAUUAAAUGUGGAAAAGCUUACAACAGCUGUCGCUACAAAUGCUGCCGUCACCGAUGGGGCAAAUGACCAACGUCGUCAAUAUCAGAGGCAACAUAAUAAAAACCACCACCUCCAGCUUAAGCAACAUGAAGACAAUGACAGCUACCCAAGUCGUCUGUUGGGCCAAACCGAAGGCGAUGUUAUCGAUGAGUGCUGCCUUGCUCUCAAGUGUGCCGCCACCGCUACCACCACAACACCAUCGCCACUAUCAACCACUUUAGACAAUAACAGCUCACCACUGACAAAGGCAGUCAGUUGUGAUAUACCCUGCCUGAAUACAAGUCGUCUUGCGGAUAACAAUGAACGCGUCGUGGCCGUUGACAAUGAUGGUGUUAGCGAUCAAACCUUUUUAGGCUACUGCUGCAAAAAGGCAGCACGCGGCGGUGAAUUUCGGGAUAAUCGUGCAAGUGCAAGUGAUGAUUUAAUAUGUGAAAGGCCCCAGGCUUAUAAAUUUGAAGAGAAUUUCAAUAUAUCAUUAAAAAAUAAAUGCCAAAAAAGUACAAACAGCGUUGAAGAAAACGAUUUAGAAGUAGAGAAGAAACAAGUUUGCCAACCGACAAAAACUAACAACAAUAAUAAUAGUAACACCAACAACAGCAACAACGACAAUAACAGUGAUUACAUAUUCACCACACCAUCGGUAAACAACUUCCAGCCAUCAACGACCAGCACCGACACCGACACCACCACCACCAACACCACCACUACAUCAACUCCCAUUUUAGCUUUGGCCAACAUAAACAAACGUAAACAACUCUCGCUGCUGCUGGGAGAGCCAUGUGCCAACCAAACAAAUGAAGAGAGCCCGAAUGUGUUAAACUCACCUUUGAACAUUGCCUGCCAGGGAAUAACGGCAAAUGAAACACUGCGCUCUAAGGCUGAUCAGAAUUUGAAACGAGGUGGCAAUGGGCAAACAACGCAUAAGGAACAUGGCCCCGCAUGGCUCUACGACAAUUUGGCUAAGCGGCAAGAAAAUUAUGAAAAAGCUGUAAAGCCGGUAAAAACUUGUUCAACCACCACCACUGGCACCACCACCAAAUCUAUUUGCACAGAUGUUUUAGAGCAGCAAACAGAAAAAGAAGGUGCGACGACGACGACAACGGCGGGGAGUGCAUUACAAAGCUGUGGUAAUACCUUGUCAUAUGUACAGACAACACCACCUGCAUUGGUGUUACCCUCAACGCAUUUGGUCAAUACGGCAGGCCAUGGCAGUAGUAGUCAAGCUUUUAAAGAAAAUGUGAAAAAUCGCACAAUGUCUAUAACCACCCCAGCGGCAGCAGGUAACAAAAAUAAAAACUACAACAAUAGCAGCACAACCACAACAAAUCCAGUGCAACUUGUACCACCAGGUGUAGUUGUUGAAAAAUCAUCAAACGUAACGGUAUUGGCAUCGACCAACCAACAACAGUCCACAGCAGAGGUGGCAACGAAAAGCCAACAGACAUUGAUAACGGAAAGUAAUUUAGCGGCUAUUAAAGCAAAACGUUCCAAGGCUAUGUUAAAGUCACCGAAUAAAUCGGAAAAAGAUAAAGAAGAGAAUCCAACUGAUCUCUCUCGGACAGAUACGGUGGAGGAGGCGGGCUAUUUGUUAAGUGAUCGUUUGCAAUUUUCCCAUUCCUCGGUAAGCUCUUCGGGCUCGUCCAAUGAAGAUGAUGACGGUGUGCAAAAGGAAAAAUCCGAGGAGGAAUAUUUGUCGGCCUCCCAUUCCAAAGUCGCGAAAAAGAAGAAAAGAAAGUGUAACAACAAUAAACCCAUUAGACGUAGCUAUAACAUUUUGCCACCGGGAACAAACUCUGAUAAGUCCGCGGAAGCAACCGAAGAGGAGGAAGUAGAAGAGGAAAAUAGCUCUUCCUGCUCCCACAAAUCAGAGAAGAAUAAUGCUAGUUCCUCUCUCAGUUCGCCCUCCAGUUCGGAGUCAGUGGAUACCGAUGAUACCGGAAAUGUGGCCGAUCGUCGACCACGCAAAAAGCAUUUCUCCAAGGUAUUUGUGGUGAAUCGUAAAUCGCGUAGAUCUCGUUCUAUGGCCCCCUCGGGUAGUUGUAGCAGUGCUUCGUGCACCGAAUCCUCAUCGGAGGCGAAUCUUGAGGAUUCUUCCGAUAAUGAUACGGAUACAGAGCGCAGUCAUUGUGGCGUGGUCUUGCGUUGCAUAAAACUCUUAAACGAGGACUCUUCGGGUAAUGAGAGAAAAUGCAAAGAGAUACGCGAUUCUUUGCAUGAAAGUGACAGUUGCAGCGAUUCAAGUGUGCAUGAUUGCAAGCGGCAUAUUGAUGAGGGCGAAGAAGAAGAAGAAGAAGAGGAGUCAUAUCAAGAUAAUGACAAAAUACCAGCUGACAUUGACAACGAAAGUGGUGCUCUGGCAAAACACUCAUCCUCAGAAUUGGCAAAUUGCAUUUUUGUUGUUGGCGGUCAAACAGAUGAUGAUAAUGGGGGCAUUGUCUUGCAGGCAAUGCGUUCAAUUAGCAAUGAGUUGCCACUACAACAACAAAGUUUCUUGGAUCAUUAUGAUGAUCAAGAUGAUCAUGAUCACGGCUUGGUUUGUAAGAAAGUGUUAACUCUGCCUCGCGCCGCAAGUGGAGCAUUGCAAAUUUCAGCAAAUAAAUGUUCAGAAAGCGAGCAUUCGCAUGCCAACACAGCAACAAAUGUAUGGUCUAAUGCUUCAGUGAUUACAGACCCCAAUGCUUCAUCUUUCACUUAUGCUUCGCCACCCCCAGAGGAGGAUGUAUGCGAGGAAUUGCAUAGCAUUUCCAAUGAUGUUAAUCGUCUAUUGGCUUUGACCAAACAAAAUUCCCAGCUAGAAAUGAAAUUGGAAAAACUCAAACGCGAUGUAGAGGAAAUCAAUCAGGAUCACUUGAAGGAAAAUAAAAACUACUCCCCAACUUCCUCGGCCACAUCUACUGGUUUACCUUCCUUGGAAAAUGAAUAUGUUGAAGGCAUGAGAGUACUGAACACUACAAAGGCUUCUUCGGCGUUAUCGAUUACUAAUGAGGAACUAGGCAACUUAUGUCACCCCAUGGCCAUCAAGGAGGAGGAGAGGGAGAAGAAGGCAUGUAAAACACUUGUGGCACAAGAAAUUCCCGACAACAACCAAAACAAUGUUCUAGGUGAGUGGCCAGCCACAACAUCGUCAUCAUUACAAAAGUUAGCCAAGUCUGCAUUGCCGCCACCGCCACCGCCGCCGCUUGAAAAUGAAAAGUUGAUGGAAAUACCUGUCACCUCUUAUGAAACUGAUGUGGCAAAGGAAAUGAGCAAAGACAAUACAGCAACGACUCAUGGUCUUCAGCAACAGAACAGCUUGGAUACCCUUCCCCUUUUCGGUUGUAGCUUUGAUGAAGAUUUUAAAGUCAACUAUGUGGUACACCAUAAUAAUUCACAUCAUGAUGACGAUGAGGAAGACCAUUAUGAUGACGUUAAUAAUUCCUGCGAUGACGCAGACAACGACGAAAUUGUAUGUAAAGAAAAAGAAAAUCAAAACAAACGACAAGCUGACAGUGCUUGCACUACUACUACUACCUGCAAAUUAACACAGCCAGAACAGGUCGUCGGCAGACAAAAGGCGUUAACCAUACCGAAAACAACAGCUGCUGCUACUUCUGGCGACUCAACUGUUACGGUUAUGCUUAGCAAAGAAUUAAGCCAUAGACUACAACAAAAACAAACAACGAAAAAAGAAGAACUCAAAAAAGAGGAAGUAGCAAAAGAAUUCACUGAAGCAUGCAAAACAAAUGAAAUGCUAGAUGGCGGCGAGUGUUAUAUUAUGGCUGGUAAACAAAAACAAGAGAAGAAGCAAAAAGAACAGCAGCAGAGCAUACCAACCAUGCCAAGUAAUUUCACAGAAUACUUUAUGGACUCAUUAGAGAGCCCUCCUUCCACACUUGAUCGUCAUCAUCAUCAUCAUUACCAGCAUCGGCAACUAACAACAGGUAGUCGAGAUUCAUUAAAGUUGGCAACCCCCUUCGAACAGGUAUUACUCUUGCAAAGAGAACCUCUGCCAACAGCACCAGCACUAACAUCAACAACAAUGGUGAGCAGUAACAGUGUUACUGUUAAUGCUGACGCUGCUGCUGCUGCUGCUACUACUAAUGUGUGCUCAGAGAUCACCAUGCCUUCGUUGGAUAAUGUCGUGUCGAGUGGUAAUAUUUGCGCAGAGUAUGCUGCUGCAACAGUUGAAAACGAAAUUUUAAACGAGAAAGACGGUAAGAGAUACGAUCGGCGGUUAAACGAUAAACACGAAGAUAUCAACAAAGCGGCGGCCAUAAACAAAACGGAAAAACAGAAUACAAGUAAAAAAUAUAAUAGUAGUAAUAACAACAACGACAUAGAGAGUGCUGGUGUUGGUGAUAGGGUUAAUAAUAGUAAACCCUUUACAAUAAAUUGUGGUGAAUAUUUUUAUCAACAAGUAGAAGAAGAAGGAAAACAACAGCAAAUGCAAGAAAAUACACAAGUGGGCCAUAAUACAGAUAAUAACAACGAACCACAACGACGUGUUACAUUAGCCAGCGUUUUAAAUACAAACAGCAAUAACAAAAACGAUUUUGCUCUUAACCACAAGAUUGUCAAUCACAAUCAUGACGAUGGUGCAGCUGACGUUAAAGAAGGCAACGACGCGUACGAUAAUGACUACAACGACGAUGAUGUUGUAGCGGAGGAAGAAGAAGACGACGACGUGUUCGGUUUCCACAGCAUUAAAAAUACGCGACUAUCAAACAAGAACAGUGCUAAACAAUAUCCCCAUGAGAUUGUUGGCAGCUCAACAACAACAACAACAGCUACAACAAAAACAAGUGCAAGUGUUUAUAAUGAUACUGCGACAACAACGGAGUUGACGCCAAUAGCAAAAUCAAAAUAUCGUAGUGCCCAUGUAAAUAAUUCACCAAAUUCGUUAUCGGCCAAAUAUCGAAGUUUGAUAAUGAUAACAAAAGAUCAACAAAGACCAGAACAGCAAAUGCCAAAUAAAGAUAAGAAUUUGUCAAAUGUUGAAAGCAUAGAAUGUGAGAAAGAGAAUAAACAAGAUAAUAACGGUAACUAUAGUAAAUGCGAUAGUGAUCAAGAGCAAGAGCAACAAACGGGUGGUACAAGUGCCGAAAUAAUUCAACAAAUGUCAAAAAUAAAUCAAAGUAAUAACGACAACGACAAUAAAAAAACAACAAAUGAUAACAGCUUUGAUGUUGGUGUUGGCGAAGGCAACAAUGAAUCAUCGUUAGCCGCAAGAUUUUUAAAAAUAUCCUCCACAGCAAAUGAUUUAACCAAGUUUUCCCCGACUUCAUCAACAUUGGGCGCAGAAAGUGAACCAGAUUCAUAUGACCCCAAUGCCAAUGAAUUUUCCCCAGAGGGUGAUUGCAAGAAAGCCAUAUGCCUGGAAGAUGGUUUGGCCGAUGAUGACUCCUGGGUGGAGGAGCUAAGCGAUCAUGGUGGUGACAUUCAUACAGAGGAUCUUUGUGAUCUAGAUGACGAUGAUGAUACAACGCCCACAGCCACCGAUUCUGAGGAUGGUGAUGAUCCCCAUGCCAUGGGCAUGUUUUUGGAUCGCGAAGAGGAAUUAAGGGGUUAUCAUCGUACUGCCAUUGAUUUUACACUACACACCAUUGUCGAGGAGAGUUGUGAGGAAAGUGAGGGAGCAUCGCUGCGCAGUCACAACGAUGAGGAUGAUUUGGAUGACAACGAGCGUAGAAGACAAAGGACUCUGCAGCAUCCUCAUCGUCUUUCGGCCUCGGAAUUGGAAAGAUAUUUCUUCUUCGAUCUGGCCGAUGGCAAGGGUUUAAGUUCGAUUAGUACCCGGGAGGAAGAUGUGGGCUCGGAAACGUCCUCCGUGUCCUCCGAGGGUCUGGAUUCCCUAGGGGUGCCCGAUGAGCCCUUCAAUGAUGUUAGCCAAGCCGUUGAGCUGGCCUCUUCACGUUUGGAGAAAUAUUUCCUUUUGGAUUUUAUGGGCUUCAAUGGCAGCAGCAGCGGUGUUAGUGGUGGUGGUGGUGGUAUUGGAGAGAAACAUAACGAUUCCGAUGAGAGUGGUAGUGUGGGCAGUGAUAGUGAGGGUCAUCCCAGCCCCAGUCAAAGAAGAAAACGCGUCUUACGUUCCCGCACUACACCCCGAUCGCACAAUUCCUCUUUGGAUAAUUUGCUUAUGAGCGACUCGCAAGCCAAUGAUUCUUUGGACAGUACCCUGAUCACCUCCUCCAACCAGGAUAUCAUUAAUAGCUCCGAUUCGGAGAAUUGUGAUGACACUGUCUUGCACAAUAGCAGUGCCUCGGAGAGAACCUCCGAUGGCACCGAUACCAUGAAACGUAAGAAACAGCUAAGAAAACGUCAUGAUUCUUUGGAUGAAAAGAAAUUGCAUGAAGUGCCCAACGCCAAUGACGAUAUGGGUAAGUCAUCGAGUCUGGAGUGUCGCACCCCCACACCGGGUUCCAUGCAAAGUUCGCAAACGAAAAAGCAACAACACCACUCCCGGGAUAGUGGAUUUGUGGGUAGCAACGAUGAUCUGCUGAAAUCGCCCGAUAACGAAAAUCCUCCCAAUACCAUCACACGCAAUAAGUCUCCCAAUACUCUGGAACAAAUCAGCGAGGAUAAUGAGAAAGUUCUGACACCCAUACCCACGGUGCGUUUAAGCAUAGCAAGUGACAACCACCCGCUUAGUUCACACUCAGAAAAUGUGCAUAAAAAACAUACCCUAACACCCUCAACAUCUGCCACCUGCUCUACGAAUUUGGUACGCAAGGAUAGUUUCAAUAAUUGGAGUUCCGAUGAGGAGACCAAUCUCAUGAUGAGCAAAAUGAGACAGUUCUUCAAAACUCUGGUUGUGGCCACGGCCAAUGCGCAACAACAAAACUCCGCCAAUAAUUCCAAAUCGACAACGCCCAAUCAAACAACUCCCAUAUCGGUGCGUCGCAUGAAAUCGCGUCCCGCCACUUUGGCCUAUUUCGAAAAUGAGCUGACGCGUCUUAUGAAAACGGUGCCGGGUAUAAAUGACGAACAGGUGCGAGAAAUUGUGGAAUAUCUAAGCAGUGAGGACACAUGGUCGGAUUCCUACGAUUCUUCUGACUAUACCAGUUCCGAUUUGGAAGGCAGCAGCCAGAGGAGGAAUGAGCUAAAGCAGCAAAUUUCGGCCAGUUGCCAACAAAUUAUCAAUAAAUUUGAAAAGGAUGAAGAGGGCGAUCGUGGCGAUGGCGGCCUGUUGGAAGAUGUGAGAAGCGCUAAUCCCGAUACCGCCUUGGUGUAUCAGAAAUUGGUGGCCUCAUUUUCCAAAAUGGCUGUGGAAAAUGCUACCAACCCAGCCACAGCACCUGCGGCAACCACCAACUCUGGUAGUGCAGAAACAAAAGAGGAUUUAGCAGCGCCCAGUGUUUUGGGUGGUGGUAGCACGUCUCAACGGCCAGUUGCCACGGCAAUGGAGGAAGAUCGCAUCUCCACGGGCAGCAAUCGCAGUGCCGAGAGAUCUCCUCAACUUUUCGCCCGUGUAAUGCAGCACAUUGGCACCCGCCUUGUGGCCCUUAUGCACGAAGUUAGCAGCGGUAAUGAUACGCAUGGCACCAACUCGCCCAUGCCCUCACAGCGUUACAAUCCGCACAAACGCCUGCAGGCCAAGAUAUCGGCUACCACCACCGAAGACGAAGAAGAUAUUAACCCCGAAGAUCGGCCUUCGAGAACUCCCCAAUAUUUGCAUCCAUCGCAUGCCUAUGCCCAACAUCACCUCUACUCUCACACUGCCACAAGAAACAGUAGCAGUGCCUACAGCACACAAGACGAAGCCUACAAUUUGGCUCGCAGCAAAUCACACGACCUAUUGCUUGACUCAACUUCCUCAUCAGUGCCCAGCAGUAGCGGCACGGGCAGCAACUCCGCCAGUGGUCAAACCCAGGCCGGAGCUGCCCACCAUCGACCACAUCAUCAUCAGUCCAGCAGCGGCGUUAGCGAUACCGCCGGCGAGGAGUGUGGCGUGGCCAGUGACUAUGAGCGCUUUUCAUGGCGCGGCAGUUUUGAGUCGGCAUUACUGGCUAAUGGCGAUUCCAGAACGAAACUCUCUCAACUUGACCGUGACAACUCAUCGUCUGCGUCCGCUUUGGCCAUUGCAAAGCGUCGUUCUGCAGGUGACCUGUUGUUCAAUCACAAAAGUCUGAGUCGUGAGCAAUUGGAUCGUGUGCGUUCCUGUGGCAGUAUCGGAGGUGGUGAUGAGCAUCAUCAUGUUUUGGAAUCGUCGCCGGCCAAACCUUGGCUCUCCUCAUCCAAUGAUUCGAAGGAUGCCAGACGUUCCAGUGUGCCGGAUGCCAUCUACGAAACCGACUCCUCCACCUCCGACGAUGACUGUCAACCAUUUGCGGGCACACGCUCAACACUGCCACGCAGUCUAAUUGGUGUGGCUCAAAUGUCCACCACGAACUCAUUACCCCGCCUGCCCACCACCACCACAGCGGCCGCGAGUGCAGGAGCCGGUAGCAGUUCGUUCAACAGCAGUUUGGGUGCGGCAGCAAGUUCAACUUCAGCGCUGCCCUCAGGUGUGUCGGCCACCUCAACACCCAUAUCGAAAUCGCAAAACUCGCUCAACUACCCAACACCCUCGAACAGUGCGAAGAGUGCACGCUAUCGUCCCACCGGCCUCAAACCUCCUCAUCACAGCAAUUUCGGCCUAAAUAAUGCCAAAAAAUGUACGCAAUCUCAUGCUCAGGCAUUGCAGCAGUUCUUGUAUCCAAAACGCGAUGCACGCAAGCGUUUAAAUAUGUCCAUGGAAGAGGCCAAAGCUGCUGCCGAGGAAUUGAGUCGUUCACCCGUAAUGGGUCAUCGGAGUCAUGAUCCAGCCUCUAGUCCUUUGCAAUCUCGAGGUUCGGGGUCCAGCGACAAUUGGCCCCAGCAGUCAGAUGAGGAUAUUGACCGUUUAGUGGCAAUGCAUCAAAAUCGCAGCAGCUUGAGUUCAUUGGGUCUACGUUCCGACUCCAUGGCCAGUGUUUAUUCUGGAGCAGGUGAGGGACGUUAUGGCACAGUGGUGGUUAAAGGCCAAGUAGAAUUUGGUAUGCAAUACAAUUAUAAAUUGGGAGCUUUGGAAAUACAUGUGGUGCGUUGCAAAGAUUUGGCUGCUGUCGAUACAAAAAGGAAUCGUAGUGAUCCUUAUGUUAAGGUAAGUUACAGAUUUUCCAAAAACAAAAAAUGGUUCACUAAUUUUUUUUUCCAGGUUUAUUUGCUUCCCGACAAAUCCAAGGCUGGCAAACGCAAGACCAAAGUCAAGAAACACACCUUAAAUCCUAUAUUUGAUGAAGUUCUACGCUUCCAUAUGCCCGUCUCAAGUUUAGAAUCUCGUACUUUAUGGCUCACAGUAUGGCAUUCGGAUAUGUUUGGACGCAAUGAUUUCCUAGGUGAAGUCAGUGUAAAUCUACAAGGCCGCGUUUUUGAUAAUCCUCAGUCUCAGUGGUAUUUGUUGCAAGAAAGGAGUGAACCCUUCGAUGAAGUUGCCACCUAUAGAGGAGACAUUGUGGUGGGUCUCAAAUAUGUACCACCCGAGGGUAGCAAAUCAAGUUUUAUGCGUUCCUCAACCUCCAGUUCGGGUGGCAUACGCAAAUUUGGUAGCAUAAAAUCAGUGGCCAUUUCGAAGACCGAUCGUUCGGCCAAGGGUGGGCAACUGCAUGUUUUGGUAAAGGAAGCCAAACAUUUGACUCCCAUUAAACCCAAUGGUACUUGUGAUGCUUUUUGUAAGAGUUAUUUACUGCCGGAUCGCACUCGUAGUUCGAAACAAAAAACUCCCAUUGUAAAACGUUCCACAAACCCCAGUUGGACUUAUACUUUUGUAUAUGAAGAUGUGUCUUUAGAAGAUUUAUCGGAAAGAGCUUUAGAAUUAACCGUUUGGGAUCAUGAUCGCUUGGCGAGCAAUGAAUUUUUGGGUGGUGUUAGAUUUUCAUUGGGAACUGGUAAAAGUUAUGGCCGUUUAGUCGAUUGGAUGGAUGCUUCGGGGAAAGAACUUUCUCUAUGGCAAAAUAUGUUGGAUCGUCCCAAUUUCUGGGUCGAAGGCAGUGUUAUUUUAAGAUCAUCACUGGAGGGUAUACGAGCGAUACCGUAAGCAUUGUAAUUAUAUAUAACAAAUAAAUUCUAGUUGUAAUUGUCCUCCCUCCCAAAACAAAAAGAAAAAACACACAAUUUAUAAAAAAACAAACCCAAAAAAAGAAAAAUACUUUGAAUAGCACACAUACACACACACAUAUACACAAAAAGUUGUAGGUGUGCCCCCAUAUAUAUACAUGUUAUAUUAAACAUUAACGAUAACUAAAAUAAUUUAUUUCUAUAUACAAAAGUAAAAAAGAAGAAAAAGACAUUUAAAGAAAAAUGUUACAACAAAAGAACACAAAAAAGUAUUUGGAAAUUAUGCAAUACAAAAAAAAAUAAGCUAUUAUAAAAAUUUAGUAAACAUUUGAUUUUAUUUAUAAAUGAUUAUGAUGAUAACAUUUACGACGAUAAAGAAACAAAUAAUUUAUUUCAUGACAAUUCAAUUCACAAGCAUUAUUAGCAUUACGACGACUUUAUAGAGAAAUGACAAACAAAAAAAAAAAAAAAAAAAAUAUUUGAACAAAAAAAAACAACAUAUGCCCCAUCUGGAAAAAUUAAAUCAAUUUUGCAGUAAAAACGUGUUAAUUAUAAUAAAAUUAUAUAAAUACAUAAAACUUUAAAUCCUAAGACUACCACCAUAACUACUACUACUACGUUAUUACUACCUUUAUAUAUAAUUAUGAAUAUAUAUAUACAUGCAUAUAUAAAAUAGUUCUAUUUUCCAAAAUAUAUCUUAAGGCAAACUUUAAACUCUAAGACAAGAGUAUCUUGAAUAAAAAAGACAAAACAAAACAAAACAACACAACAUGAUUUAUAAAACAAUAAUAAAAUAAAUAAUAAAUAAAAAAAAAAAUAAUUUUUUUAUAAAACCUCUUAUGGAUCUAGACUCUAUUACAAAUUCUUCAAAACAAACUUGGACAUUUUCUUCCACCUAAGGACUAUACACCCUCUGAACAUAUCAUUAUUUCAUAAAAAGAAAAGAAAACAAAAAAGGUUAGCAAAAGAAAUUUUGAAUGACAAAAACAAAAACCAUAGAAGUCUAUCUGGUGAAAAAGCCUUAACUGAAAAAGGUAUUUUGGUGUAGAAUAAUCAAACAAAAAUCACAAAAAAAAAAAAACAUAAAAAUCUUAGAAAACAAGUAGAAUAUUUCCUAUAUAGACAACAAUUUCAAAAAAUUGUUAGUUUUAUAAUGAAAACAAAAAAAGUAUAGAAAUACUAGAUAUAAAGUAAUCCGAAAAAAACCAAUACAAAAACUAAAUGACUUGUGUUGACUUGUAUCAAAUGAUAGAACUUUCUUUUUUAAGCAUUUUUGCAAUGAGCAUCUUAUGCAGUGGUAUGUGGGGAAAACGACAUGAAAAUGGUUUUACCCAAAUUACAAAAAAUAUUUCAUGACAAAUAUAGUAAGACAUACAUAUUU